AGGUUGGUGUCCAUCCGUUACAGAUACGAACCCAUGGGUAAUGAUCAAACUUGAUCAACCGAAGGCUGUGAGCGUGUUUAGUUUCAGUUGGUCAGCUCAAGGCAAUAUCAAUAUUAUGACAGAGUUCGAGUUCCAGUAUAUAGCACCUGUUGACACAGCAAGACGGUUUAGAACAUUUGCUACGGAGAUACCAGCAAUGAAUAGCACUCAUAUUUUCACAGUAACUACACAACCUGUAGUUGUCACAGAUACCAUCCGUAUAAUACCGUCUAAAUCGGAAGGUAGAGCUUGUUUCAAGCUUGAGAUAAAGGGCUGUGACCCAAAAGCAUUAUGCUCCACUGGAUGGUGUCAGAAUGGAGGAACGUGUAUGGGAGAGAACGUUUGUCUCUGCCCUUCAGGCUUCUUCGGCAGCCGGUGUGAACAAACAACUAGUCAGAUCACAGUAACGAACAUGACGUUUGUGAAAAUUGAGCACAACGUUAUAGUGACAACAACGACAACAUUGCAAUUUCUGGUCACCGGAAACGUUCAACUUAACGUGGUAGCAAACAAACCAGUGGUCUCUCUCAAUGGCAAUAACAGCUUCAUUACACUGAACCAAACAACUGGAUCGCCUUCUUGUGUAACUAACGUAAACCUAUGUACAAACGGUUUUACAUUUACCAUUGAUGUCAACUUUGGACAUCUUCUAGACAACACGUACAUAGUCUCCAGUGGUGGUCAUCUUCCAGGACAUAGUGGCAUCACACUUUAUUACACAAAAAACCAACUUAUUUACAUAGUCAGCACAAGUACACAAGUAUGGACUCUAGUCGUGCAUUACACGCCUGUGUUGCACAUUUGGCAACAUUUUGAAAUCACUUGGAACAAACAUCUUGGAGUAGAACUCUUAGUCAAUGGCCAUUCCCUGGGAUCAAACUCAAGACCAGCUGGCCAGCCGACCACCACACAUACGGUGGAUUUAUGUAUCGGCUGCAGUCAUACAGCUACCAAUGUGAAUAUCAACAUGCAAAUAACAGCAAUUCAUACAUGGACCAUCGACCGAACUGAACUUGUAAAUGCAGGCGUAAAAGAACCCCCAGCGACAGCCACAACACCUUUGCCAUCAACAGCAACAACUGUCGCGAAAACAACAACAAUAGCACCAUCCACACCAACGCCAAAAUGCACACCUGAAAAUCUAGGACUAGCAGACGGUCGUAUUGGACCUGAUCACAUCCAUGUCUCGUCUGAAGAUGCUGUAUAUGAUAAAUCUGAAAUGGGAAAUGAUGGAUCGAAGAAAGGUUGGUGUCCAUCCGUUACAGAUAAAUAUCCAUGGGUAAUGAUCACACUUGAUCAACCAAAGGCUGUAAGCGUAUUUAGUUUCACGUGGUCAGGCAAAGGCGGUCACAAUAUUAUGACAGAGUUUGAGCUCCAGUAUAUAGCGCCUGUUGACUCUGCAAGACGGUUCAGAACAUUUGCUACGGAGAUACCAGCAAUGAAUAGCACCACUGUCUUCACAGUAACUAUACAACCUGUAGUUGUUACAGAUACCAUCCGUAUAAUACCGUCUAAAUGGGAUGGUAGAGCUUGUUUCAAGCUUGAGAUCCAGGGCUGUGAUCCCAAAGCAUUAUGCUCCGCUGGCUGGUGUCAGAAUGGAGGAACGUGUAUGGGAGAGAACGUUUGUGUCUGCCCUUCUGGCUUCGUCGGUAGCCGAUGUGAACAAACAACUAGUCAGAUCACGGUAACGAACAUGACGUUUGUGAAAAUUGAACACAACGUUAUAGUGACAACAACGACAACAUUACAAUUUCUGGUAACCGGAAACGUUCAACUUAAUGUGACAGCAAACAAACCAGUGGUCUCUCUCAGUGGCAAUAACAGCUUCAUCACACUGAACCAAACAACUGGAGCACCCUCUUGUGUAACUAACGUAAACUUAUGUACAAACGGCUUUACAUUUACCAUUGAUGUCAACUUCGGACAUCUUCUAGACAACACGUACAUCGUCUCCAGUGGUGGUCAUCUUCCAGGACAUAGUGGCAUCACACUUUAUUACAAAAACAACCAACUUAUUUACAUAGUCAGCACAAGCACACAAGUAUGGACUCUAGUCGUACAUUAUAAGCCUGUGUUGCACAUUUGGCAACAUUUUGAAAUCACUUGGAACAAACAUCUUGGAGUAGAACUCUUAGUCAAUGGCCAUUCCCUGGGAUCAAACUCAAGACCAGCUGGCCAGCCGACCACCACACAAACGGUUGAUUUAUGUAUCGGCUGCAGCCAUACAUCUAUCAAUGUGAAUAUCAACAUGCAAAUAACGGCAAUUCAUACAUGGACCAUCGACCGAACUGAACUUGUAAAUGCAGGCGUGAAAGACCCCCCAGCGACGGCCACAACACCUUUGCCAACAACAGCAAUACUAACAACAACACAACCAGCGACAUCUCCGCCACCGUUUCUACAGUACAAUUUGACGUUUGUUGCCAUAGUAGAUAACAUUCUUAUCACACCAACCUUUAACUUUACUUUACACAAUAAACCAACUCUUGAACUCCAAAAUAACAGUCACACUGCUUUAGUCCUUGACUGCUCUAAACAACAGUAUGUCGAGCUACCAGACACAGGAAUCCCGUGCUUGGAGAACCUGGCGGACUGCGAGAAAGGGUUUACAUUUAAACUCGAGGUCAUGUUUACAAAACUUGAACCUGCAAAGAAGGCAUACAUUUUAUCAAGUGGUGGUGAUGUUUCCGGCACAAAUGGAAUGGCGAUAUAUAUCCAAAACAGCCAGGUCAUAUUUGGUGUUAAGAAGGGAUUUAACCACUGGCAUGGCACAUAUAAUAUGACUGGUAUUGUUAAGACAGACGUUUGGUAUAAGCUUGAAGUAAGCUGGAGUGCAGAAAAAGGUAUACUGGUCUUAAUAGACGGAUAUGAGGUUAUUAAAACCAACCAAUGGACUCCAAGUCCCUCAGCUGCUGCUACAAAUCCUGUUCUCAUUGGCAAAACGGAGGGUUCAAACGAAACAACCUGUAUGAAAGUAAGAGACCUGUUCACUUGGACAACAGAACGUGAGGUUUUGGUGGACCAUGGCAUAGUACAAGCUCCUAAAACUACAUCACCAACAACACCAACAACAACACCAACAACAACACCAACGACAAAAGCUACGACUACUAUUCCUACAACUACACAGAUACCGGUACCAACCUACACGUGGAACUUUACAAGUAUUACAGACAAUAUUAUUAUCGGAAAUCACUACAAUUUAACUGUACAUGGCGCACCUCUUGUCAUAAACGGUGGAAUCCAAAUAAACAGCACCACACAGUAUAUAGAAUUCGGUUCCCAUGAGCACAACUGUUUGAUUAAACCAGAAACAUGUUCUCAUGGUUUGACCAUUCAGUUUACGAUUCAGUUCAACAAAUUUGAAGAGAACACCUACUUUUUCACAAGUGGUGGCCAACUCCCCGAUGGGGUAGGUCUUGCAGUAAUUUAUCGAUUUGGUAAAAUACAGUUCAUUCUGACGACAGUAACACAAUCCUGGUUCAUCAACUGCGGUAAAAACCAUGUAAGUCCGAAUACACCCCACACAAUCAUGUUGUCAUGGCAACUGACAACAGGACUGGAAGUGUUUGUCAACAAUAUCCUGAUCGAGGCCACCAAGGUUCCAUUUCCACAUCAGUCUGUCUUAAUGAACGCAACGACAGUGUAUUUUGGAAAACAGCCGACAACUUCAGUAAAAGUUGACUUUUGGCUGCAGACGAUCACCAUUUGGUAUGUGCACAUAGAUAUCCUGGUAGAGCAGGGCAAGUGUGAACCGCCUGUCCGUCCAACAACGGCUGCCCCAACACAGUCGACAAAAGCACCAACAGUGACGUCUAAGCCCUCAGCAAGUACCAGUCGAGCAACCUUCACAUCACUAGCAACAAAAUCGAGCACCCAACAAUGCCCUGCAGGAUGCGUCAGUAUAACAACUGCGCAGUCACAGUCAUCUUCGAAACAGCCAGUUACAACAGCAAAACCGCCGGUAACCAGUGCAAAUCCACCAGUUACAACAGCAAAACCACCAGUUACAACAGCUCAGCCUCCAGUCACAGCAACAUCCAGAAAACCCACGACACCAAAGCCUACAACCAAACCAAAACCGCCUUCCACUACCAGUUCUUUUGUACCAACACCAGACACAGCAACUCCUCCUCCGCCAACGACAAGAAAACCUAUCCCAGACUUCAGCGUUAUUCCUAACCUACAUGUAACAGUUGAGAAAGAUAAAAAUGCUUAUAUAGCUUGUGUGUUCAAACCAACAUCACAAAAAGAUGUACAGAUAAAGGCUUCGCUCUAUGUUGAAGGCAAAGUCAGGCUGGUACUCACAGUCGGUGGUAACACGGGGAUUGCGAUGUUUGCUGUGUCUAAAGUAGACAUGUACAUGUACCAAAAGAAGAUCCAAUGUUCAGUAUCAGCCCAUUAUAUCGGAAGUGCCAUGACAACACAAACAUACUACAGUAAUAUAUUUACUCCACAAAUAACAGUUACCCCGGGACGAGUGAUAGUGAUUGAGGGUCAUUCUACAGAGUUUGUGACGGUAACCUCCACAGCCCCUCCCCAGUUUUAUUGUUGUUCCGGUUGCAAAGGAGAGUGUCAGAUCCAUAUUGUAGGAUCGUUCCACUAUGAACGACACUUCCAGAAAUGUGGAAAGGAAGUUAUUGCCCAAGCAGUCAUAGAAAGUACGAAGCCACCAAACCUCAAUGAGCAAAUCUGUGGAUAUGCCUUAACUAUAACAAAUUGGAAACAGCAGAACAAAAUUCAGAUCAAAGCAACCGUAGAUGGCCGUAGAGAUGGUGAUCACACAAAUCAUCUAGACAUUAUAGCAAACGUGUACCAUCAGCCUCAGACCGCUCAAAUCACUGUCAGGCCUAACAGUUUUACAGUGGACACUGUGCAGGUCACCGUGAAAGACAAUGACCAUGGCACCUCUCAGUGUAAAUCUAUGAAUGAUCCACACAUGACAACCUUUGAUGGACAACAUUACAACAACAUGGUAGAGGGAGAAUUUAUUCUCUAUAGGCAUACCAGUCUUCCCUUUGAGGUACGGGCAAUUUACUACAAGUGUAGCCGGAAGUCACAUGCUACUUGCAACUGUGCAGUUGCAGUUAAAUCCGGUGAUGAUGUAAUCACUGUGACCGGUUGCCAAGGAACUGUUGGUGGUGGACAUCCGGGUCAAGGUCAUGGAGUAGGGCUACUUUUACAACAGUUAUUUGGUACCCAUGGCCAUGCACACGGACACGGACACGGAGAUGAGCUUGCUAAAACACCAAUGACUAUUCAAAUUUAUAAAAAUGGAGAACUUACGCCGGGGACAUAUAUACGGAGAAUUGGUUGUGGACAGAAAUACGAGAUUUGGCUCCCAACGGGAAUGGUUGUCACUGUACAGCAGAGCUGGAAACCGUUCAUUAACAUUUGGAUAAAAGCUUCCAGCACAGACAGACACAAUUCUGAAGGGUUGUGUGGCAAUUAUGACGGCCACAGGACCAACGAUGUAAAACCAAACGUUAACUCUUUCAUUAACCAUUGGAAAGCACCCAGUGGUAACUUUUUCUAUGGUGUUGGAGUAUCGUCCCACUCUGCGACGUCAAUGUACUGUAGUUGUGUGAAAAACAAGGAUAGAGUCUGCCUAGCUGGUCUAGGUGCUUUUAGAUGCUCUACUUCAAAAUAUGAUAUUACAGCCACGUUGGUUAGACAAGCGAAACGACCAGUGCUUUCAAGACACAAGCGUCAAGCAAACACAGAUCCCGCUCCAACUGCUACAGUUAUACCUACUGAUGGCACCGAAGUGACGCUUGAAGAAGCCGAAAAGAAAUGUAAUGAAACAAUCAUGGAAAGCACGAUCACGAAAUCGUGUAAGCCCAUUCUAACAUCAAACCUGACACAGCAAAUUGACAAUUGCGCCCAUGAUUACAAUGCAACAGGGAAUUUCGACUGGGCUACAGAUGCUAUUAGAGACAUCAUUGUCGAUUGUGUCGAUGCUGCUAACACGAUAAGAGUUGCUAUGGCUAAUGAAACUGGAAAUACAACUGAUGAAGUAGAUAUUCCUGACAACAUUGACGAAAUCCUUGACAGUCUUGAUGUAUGUGUAGAGGACUGUGGUGAAAAUGGAAAUUGUACUGAUGGUGUAUGUGUUUGUGAGGACGGAUAUUCUGGUGUCAGCUGUGAAAUAUCAAAAGACAAAACCAUACCAACAGUUAUAUCAGCCUCUUUCUUGUGUGACAACACGCUGACCUCGGACUGCAAGGCGGCACCUGUGUAUGGAGAUAAUUUUGUUGAAUCAGAGAGCCUCACAUGUCAUUAUGAGUUUCUACAGAUUGGCGAAUCAAUAGUAUCUACCGGAGAAAAGGGACAAGGAAGAGCCUUAUAUAUUUCCAUCAACCACGUUACGUGUCCGUUGCCAAGGGAACAAAGUGCCCGGAUUAGUGUUAGCAAUGACGGAAAUAUGCGAAGUAAUGAUACGACAACGCAUGUGGUGUAUAGUCAAGUUUGUUUCGAGUGCACUGACACACCGACUUGCACGAGAAAGGAGAACAGCUGUUUGAUAAACAAUGAAUGUUACGAGGCUGAUGCCACGAGAGAAGGGGAUGCUUGCCAAAUAUGCCGCCCUGUUGCUAACUCUACAGCAUGGUCAAGAAAUAAUCUUCCCGAGUGCAUAUCGAGUCCUGUGGCUGUAGUUAAGAACAACAAUGAUGAGGAAAAGACAAAAGUAUUGGCACUAGCCAUAGCUUGUGGUGUUCUGGCGGCAAUUGUCUUGAUAGGCUGCAUUUACUGCGUCAGAACAAGAAUGGGAAAGCAGUCGUCAAAAAAGACCGAAUUUGGAGAGUAUGACGUUUCAGGUUCACAGAAACUCCACAGAGACCCUUAUUUCACAGCCACAAACAAUCCAACAUAUGUGUUUGAUGAAAAAUUGUAAACAGACAACUAUGGAGAUGAAAUAUUUCAACUGACUUGUUAAUUGUUAUUGUUUUUUGAAAUUCUACGAGGACAGUGGUGUUAUUGGUGCACAAAGUUUGGUUUUCAAAUUGAGGAAAGCCAUUUAACAAAACUGUAGAUUAACUAGGUUUCCCACAAUGUAGCCGAAUUUAAUGUUUUUAUUUCCAUGAAUACAUCUUAAAAGACAUUUAGAUCGCUUGAAUAUUACUCAAUAAGGAGACGAACUGUGUGACUUCAGAUGUUUGUCUUUUACCAAUGAAAUAAUGCAUGACCAUUCUCUUUACUGAGAAUCCAGUGAAAAUUUUACAAAGCUUCAUCAACAUUGGUCAAAAGUUAAGGCGCAUACAUGUAUGUAAAUUUUCAGAACCACUUUUGUUUGAGAAUAUUGUUUCUAUAUUAUGUUACGUCAGCAUGAUAAAUAUGUAUUGGAUUUACAAACAAAAUAACCAAAAAUACAGUUGAUUAACAUUUAAAAAAGCAUUGCUCUUAAUAAAAAAAAAACUACUGAACAUUGUUCAGAAUGAUUGAAAAAAAAACGUCACUUCAUCAGGUUCCCAUGAUGUAAAAGUAAAGAAAAGAAAUACGAAUCGAUAGUCUAGUAGUUAUCUAUCCGUCCUUUAAAUGUAUUUACAAACCACUUAAGACACAUGGUAAUAUAUUUGUUUGCUUUUCGAGUUCAGUAUUCGCCAAAAUGUUUGGAAACCUUUAAAUAGAAUAGGGGAGUAACGAUUAUAUUCAAAGCAACAAAUAUUAACAAAUUAUCAAAGGCGAACUUGGUAUGAAUAAACUGAACACAAAUUAUAGUUUCGUUUUGGCCAUCUCAAAUGAUUACUGAAAAUAAUUAUACCACCCCAUAUCAGCCAAUACAGUAAAUGGCAUUGUCCUACAUUCUCAAAUGAGUUAGAUAAUUACUCAAAAUAUAUAUUAUUAGACAACACAUUAUAUAUCCUUGUUUUAAAUUUCAAAAAAUGUUAAAUUAUUACUCAAAAUAUACCAUAUCAGGCAACACAGUUUAUUGUCUUGUUUAACCAUCUCAAAGAAGCUAACGAUUUAUCAAAAUUUGCAGUAUCAUAUAUAUAUAUAUAUAUGGGUUAUUUUUACCAGCUCAGACAGACAGACCAUGAUUUAUAAAAAUUUACCAUUAUCACACAUUUCAGUAUAGUUUCGUUAUUGACCAUCUCAUUUUAGAGAGGAUGUAUUUAAUCCGGAUAAAUCACAUAGUUCCAUUACACGUAUAUAUGACAUAACUGUCCUGCAAUAUGCUUCAUUUCGCACGUGACAACAUCAGCAACGAGCAAGUCCCCUCUGUUACAAAUUAAUGCUAACAUUUUGUCAAUUGUAAUGUUAUGAACAACAUAUUUUAGUUUCAAAUAAAGAUGCGAAACAAU